CCCUGAAAGAUUUGAACCAUCCGCUACCGAACAUGGAGGAAAUCAUGUCGGAGUUUUCCGGAAGUAAAGUCUUCUCCCAGCUCGAUCUCGCCGAUACGUAUCUACAACUUCGGCUCGAUGAGGAGAGUCAGCCGUAUACGACGAUUUCUACACAUCGUGGCCUGUUCAAGUACAAGCGGCUAGUGUUCGGGCUCGAAACUGCUCCCGCUAUCUUCCAGAAGGCUAGCAAGCGCUUGCCGGACUGGAAGCGUCUCCAAGAGUGGGGAUUCCAUUUAAGACUAGAGAAGUGCACAGUUGCUCAGUCGAAAGUCAAGUAUCUGGGUCUGAUCGUGUCAGAAAGGGGUAUCGAGGCGGAUCCGAAGCGGAUCUCGGCGAUUCAGGCAUUGGCUACACCUAUUUCCAAGAAAGAAGUUCGGUCGCUCCUCGGGUUAGUCAAUUACUACGGGAAAUUCAUACGUCAACUGUCGGGAGAUCUCGAACAUCCCGCCAAGUAA